AGAUGAUCCCUCCCCCGGAGCUGCCACCGCCUCCUCAGUCUCCCGGCGCUCGGACCGCCUCCUCGGCCAGUGGCGUAGCCGACUCGCUGUCGCUGCCUGGCAGCUAGGGGCGGAGGUCCCGAGCCCAGCCUGGACCCGAGCGGAGGGCCAUGGAGAAAGCGGCCCGCGGCAUUCUCCUCACCGACUAGAGCGGGCCCUUUGCGGCUGCCGACGCCAUGGACCGAGCCCCCAGCGACCAGAAUGUCAAGCUGUCAGCGGAGGUGGAGCCAUUUAUCCCCCAGAAGAAGAACCCUGAUACGUUUAUGAUCCCUAUGGCUGUACCAAAUGAAAAUGGGAGUGUUUCUGGUGUAGAACCAACUCCAAUUCCCAGCUACCUGAUCACCUGUUACCCGUUUGUGCAGGAAAAUCAAUCUAAUAGACAAUUUCCUUUAUAUAACAAUGAUAUACGAUGGCAACAGCCCAAUCCAAACCCCACUGGACCAUACCUUGCCUACCCCAUUCUGUCGGCUCAACCACCUGUUUCUACAGAGUAUACAUAUUAUCAGCUGAUGCCAGCGCCAUGUGCCCAAGUUAUGGGUUUCUAUCAUCCUUUUCCUACACCUUACUCCAACACCUUUCAAGCUACAAAUACUGUCAAUGCUAUAACCACAGAAUGCACUGAGCGUCCAACUCAGCUUGGACAAGUCUUCCCAUUAUCCAGCCACCGAGGCAGAAGCAGUAAUCGAGGACCAGUGGUACCAAAACAGCAGCUUUUACAACAGCACAUAAAAAGCAAAAGACCUCUGGUGAAAAAUGUAGCUACUCAGAAGGAAACAAAUGCAGUGGGUCCUGAUAAUCGAUCAAAAAUUGUGCUUUUGGUGGAUGCCUCACAACAAACUGAUUUUCCAUCAGAUAUUGCUAACAAGUCUCUCUCGGAGAGCACUGCCCCGAUGCUCUGGAAGUCCAAAGGCAGGAGGAGAAGGACAUCCCACCCCACCGCUGAGUCCUCUAGUGAACAGGGUGCUAGCGAGGCGGACAUCGACAGUGAUAGUGGUUACUGCAGUCCCAAACACAGCAACAACCAGCCUGCUCCCGGGACUUUGAGAAAUCCUGAAUCUGGGGCGGUGACUCAUGUGGAGUCAUCCGUCUGUGCAGGUGGUGUAAAUUGGUCCAGUGUAACUUGCCAGGCAACUCAAAAGAAACCUUGGAUGGAAAAAAAUCAGACGUUUUCUAGAAGUGGAAGGCAAAUUGAACAAAGAAAUAAUUCACAGGUUGGAUUCAAAUGUCGAGGACACAGUACUUCCUCAGAACGAAGACAAAAUUUGCAAAAGAGACAAGAUAAUAAGCAUGCAAACUCUAGUCAGCCCCACAGAAUUGACCCAAAUUCUGAGUCUUUAUACUUUGAGGGUGAAGAUAGGUUUCAAGAACUAAGUGAGAAUGGAAAUACCAAGGAUGAGAAUAUUCAACAGAAACUCUCUGCAAAAGUAUUGGAUGAUUUACCAGAAAACUCACCAAUCAAUAUAGUUCAGACUCCAAUUCCUAUUACCACUUCAGUUCCUAAACGUGCAAAAAGUCAAAAGAAGAAAGCUUUAGCAGCAGCCCUUGCAACAGCACAGGAAUACUCAGAAAUAAGUAUGGAGCAAAAGAAAUUGCAGGAAGCUUUAUCAAAGGCAGCUGGAAAAAAGAAUAAAACACCUGUGCAGCUAGAUUUGGGGGACAUGUUAGCUGCUCUGGAAAAACAGCAGCAAGCAAUGAAAGCACGGCAGAUUACUAAUACCAGACCGCUGUCAUACACAGUGGUGGCUGCUGCUUCAUUCCACUCUAAGGAUUCAACUAACAGAAAAUCUUUCACCAAAAAUCAGCCCUGUUUGACAUCCUUUAAUUCUUUGGACAUUACUUCCUCUAAAGUAAAAAAAGGAAAGGAGAAGGAAAUCACAAAGCUGAAACGACCCACAGCACUUAAAAAGGUUAUUUUGAAAGAAAGAGAGGAAAAGAAGGGGCGUUUAACUGUGGACCAUAAUCCUUUGGGAUCAGAGGAACCAACAGAAAUGCACUUAGAUUUUAUUGAUGAUUUGCCACAGGAGAUUGUUUCCCAGGAAGACGCUGGACUGAGCAUGCCUAGUGAUGCAUCACUUUCUCCAGCAAGUCAGAACUCUCCGUACUGUAUGACUCCUGUGUCACAAGGCUCUCCAGCCAGUUCUGGGAUUGGCAGUCCAAUGGCAUCUUCAACAAUAACCAAAAUCCACAGCAAAAGAUUUAGAGAGUAUUGUAAUCAGGUUCUUUGCAAAGAGAUUGAUGAAUGUGUGACUCUUCUUCUCCAAGAGCUUGUCAGUUUCCAGGAACGUAUCUAUCAGAAGGAUCCUGUGAGAGCCAAAGCAAGAAGACGGCUGGUUAUGGGUCUAAGGGAGGUUACCAAGCACAUGAAGUUAAACAAGAUCAAAUGUGUUAUAAUUUCUCCAAACUGUGAAAAAAUCCAGUCAAAAGGUGGUUUGGAUGAGGCUCUGUAUAAUGUUAUAGCCAUGGCACGAGAACAAGAAAUUCCUUUUGUGUUUGCCCUUGGAAGAAAAGCUCUAGGGCGCUGUGUGAACAAGCUAGUUCCUGUUAGUGUAGUGGGAAUCUUCAAUUACUUCGGUGCUGAGAACCUGUUCAAUAAGUUAGUUGAACUCACUGAAGAAGCGAGGAAGGCAUAUAAAGAUAUGGUUGCCGCGAUGGAACAAGAACAGGCAGAGGAGGCCUUAAAGAACGUGAAAAAGGUACCGCACCACAUGGGGCAUUCCCGGAAUCCCUCUGCAGCAAGCGCCAUCUCCUUCUGCAGUGUUAUUUCUGAGCCCAUCUCUGAAGUAAAUGAAAAGGAAUAUGAAACAAAUUGGAGAAACAUGGUGGAAACGUCAGAUGGACUAGAGACGUCUGAGAAUGAGAGAGAGGUUUCUUGUAAGCACAGCACAUCUGAAAAACCCAGUACACUUCCACUUGACACAAGCCCUGUUGUUAAGCAGCCAUCAUUAGUGGCUGCAGGCAGUACUACCUCAGCUACAAACCCUGGGAAAUCUGCAGUGAGUGAUAAAGAGGAAGUAAAGCCGGAUGACCUAGAAUGGGCCUCCCAGCAGAGCACAGAGACUGGCUCUUUAGAUGGCAGUUGCCGAGAUCUUUUGAAUUCCUCCAUAACUAGCACCACCAGCACUCUUGUACCUGGAAUGCUGGAAGAGGAAGAUGAUGAAGACGAGGAAGAGGAUGAAGACUAUACUCAUGAACCCAUAUCUGUAGAAGUGCAGCUCAAUAGUAGAAUUGAGUCUUGGGUCUCAGAGACCCAGAGAACUAUGGAAACCCUGCAGCUUGGAAAAACCCUGAAUGGUUCUGAGGAAGAUAAUGUAGAGCAGAGUGGAGAAGAGGAAGCCGAGACAGCUGAGGUGUUGGAGCCAGGGAUGGACAGUGAGGCCUGGUCUGCAGACCAGCAAGCUGGUCCCGAGCAGCCACAACGGAAGCCCAGCAAGUGCAGCUCCCUGAACCAAGAGCACUCGGAGUUUGAUUCUUCACCCCAAAAUGCGUAACUCAGGAAACGUUCGUGCUCCAACUGUGUAAGGGUUGUAGCCAUUACCUUUUAUGCUUCAUCUCAACAUUUUGCACUGUCUAGUAUUUAAUAUAUAUGUUUAAUUCCUGAUAACUAUUUUUGUAGCUUUGACCUGUUUUGUUAUGAUCUAGAGCUUAGCUUUUAAUUAGCAUCUAAGUGUUUUUCUAGGAACUGCGUGGAAAAUUCAGACCUGUUUUGGCUUAUUUUGUAAUGGAAAACAAUGAUUACAAAAAGACCAGGUUUUAAAGUAAAUAAAAUUUAAAAUGCCUAUUUAAAGUCAUUUUGAAAGUUAAUGAUCAGGGUUAUAGAAAGAUAGAAGCAGUCACCAAUGUUCACUUUAAGACUAUGCCAUCUUCACUCUGACUUAUCUGACCUAAAAGUUCUUGCAGCUUCUUUAUAAAAGAACUGAAGGUCGAGUCAGAAAAAUAAACAAAAGCUGCAGAUAACCAGGUAACCAAGAAACAAAGUGUUUCAUGUUUAAAAAGAAGAGAAGUUUGACACAGCUUUUACUUGGUCCACACUUGCUUGUUUCAGAGGUUACAGAGAAUGGUAAUCCAUUAAGUCAGGAAGAAUUAACAGAGCCUCCAAACCUUGGGCCAGCACUGGAGCCACUGUAGUAGAGUAAAACAGGCUGGCAUCCUUGGUGGAAAGUGAUGGAUAUUGUCUGGAUCAGUGAGCAUCACUCAUGACAGGACCUGCCAGAGUCUGUUCACGUUUGCUUCUCACUUACCUCAGGAAUGCUCUUGUACAUAGUCUUAUUUACAUGAAGUUAGGUGAAUAACCAUAACCAGUUGUAUGAUGAGAGGACUUACAUGGACACUCCCCGAAACGAAGUCUUAUACUGGUGUGUUCUUAUGCACGCUCUGGUUCUGGACACUCUUGAUGGGAGAUACAGAUGUGACUGAGUCUCUAAA